UCGAAGUGCAUCUCAGAUAUGUCCCCAUCGCCUGAAAGCAGUGGAGUGCACACCUCUUGGAACCAGGACUCAUCAGGCAUUCAGCACGUCCUUCAGAGUCCACAGCUGGAGAGGAUGCCCUUGGCUUCUGCUCAGGAGCCCAGGCAGAAUGCAGAUGAAAUGGGGCCACAGUUCAGUGUGUUGUUGCCUGAGUGUAGUGUGAACUAUUGCCCCCAAGUGACUCUCCCUCCUUCCCAAAUGAUUUACUGUCAGACAAUGUCUCCCUAUCAACCAGGAAUGAUGAUUUUCAACAGGUCCCAGAUGAUGUCCUUUGGAGAGCCCAAUAUUCCAGGGAUGGCCAUGAACUUCAGUGGGAAUCUGAGCAUGCCCCCCAAUGGGCCACCAGUCGCAAUGCCCCACAUCAGGACACCAACAAUGCAUUAUUCUGACCACCCUACAGUACUUUCUAAUAGCGACUCUUUAACACCUAAAAUGUUAUUGCCUGCCACUAUGCCUUCUGCUGGGGGCCAGGCUGGGUUCCCCUCUUUGGCUCAGAUGUUACCCCCUAGAGAUCCCCACAAUGGUGGAAUGCCCCCAGAUGGCUCCCCGUCAUUGCUGACUUUAGAAUCCCAGGACUCUUUUGUUAGCCAGCCAGCCUCCCAGGAAGGCCCCUUCCUACCCGAGCAGCCUAUACCUGUGCCACAAAGAGCAGAGCAGAAUUGUGGGGCCUCAGAAAGGGCUUACAGGAGCAGAUCCCAGGUUGCAAGGCCUUACUGCUGCCAGUAUGAGAACUGUGGGAAAGCUUACACCAAGCGCUCCCACCUCCUGAGUCACCAACGCAAACACACGGGUGAGAGGCCCUAUAAAUGUCAGUGGGAAGGUUGUACGUGGUCUUUCUUCCGUUCCGAUGAGCUUGGACGACAUAUGCGGAUACACACCAGAUACCGGCCACACAGAUGUGAUCGGUGCGGCCGAGAGUUCAUGAGAUCUGACCAUCUCAAGCAACACCAAAGGACUCACCUGCGGGUGCCAGGAUCCCCCAAUCCACAGGCCAACGAUGAAGAGAGAGCUGGUCCUCCUGCUCCUGAUCUUUAGGUCAACCUCCUCUUCCCUUCAUUUUGGCUUCUCCACUCAGAUCCUGCUUCCCUCUGACCAGCUAAUCUUCUUAGUAGGUACAGGCUUAUUUGCAGACUGAGAAAGAUUGUGAGGCAGUGUUGAGUGAAGCCCAUAUGAGCUGGACCCCAUGAGGGACUCUUCAAAAACUGUCUUGGAUGCUCUUACCUCUUGGGGGCCACCUACUGUUGCUGAGCUUAGCUACAUGGAAAGAUGAAGUAAAAUAGAGAUUGGGAGCUUUAUUAAAAAGCUCUUUAUGUCACUCCCCAACUUGAAACUCUUCAAUGACUCUCCU